AUGGCCAGCAGUGAUCAAGAUUACUACUUUGCAUUAGAAGAAGGCUUACAAUGGUGGAUUACAUAUGGUACUGCCCCUUGUUGGGAAGAACUCAUUUCAGCUGUUGAGAAUUGUGGUGUUGAUGAUGUAGCUACUACACUGAGAAGACAACUAGAUAUUAAAGAUGAAGAAAAUAAUGAUAAAGUUAAUCAAGUGGAUCAUAAAAUAACUUCCGAUGAAAAUGGAGUGCCUCCUAGCAUUCAAGUGAAAGUAGAAACUAAAGAGAAGGAAGCUGUUAGACCAAAGUAUGACCAAUUAAUAGAAUUACUAGAUACUCUAGUCAAAUGGCAAACAUUUGGCACUUUCUUAACUGGAAUUGAGAGACAAGACAUUGAAAAGAUUGAAGCUGACUCAUCAAUUAAAGGAAUUGACCAACAAAAAGCUGCUCUAUUUACAAAAUGGCUUAGUGUACAUCCUGAGGCAUCAUGGCAAGAUGUGCUGUUUGCACUAGAAAAGUCACAAGAAAAUUCUCUAGCAUCAAAAGUAUAUCAAAAACUUAAUACAACUUCAUUGACAGCUUCAAAUACAUCUCAAGCUGAUUGUCUCAUAGCUUAUGCUCAAGGCAAGCUACAGUUUAUGCGUCUCAUUGGUAUCUUUGGUCUAACAAUUAAUGGUGAACCUGUCCUGGAAGAAGAUGAAAAUAUGAACUUCACAUUUGAGUCAGCUCUUCAAGAAGCUGCUAAAGCUGGUCAUAAUGAAGCUGUGAAAUUUCUGCUUGAGUUAAAAGAGGCUGAAGAUGACAUGUUAACAUCCUUUAUAAUAGAGAUUGAUGUCAGCCUUCAUGUCAAUAAGAGUCUUCAUGAAGCUGCAAGAGAUGGCAAUAUUGAUGUUGUUGAGCUUCUACUUAAGAAAGAUGUAGAUAUUAAUAUUCAGAAUGAAAAUGGAUCAACUGCCCUAAUGCUAGCUAAACAUGCUGACAUUAAUACUCAAAGAGAAGAUGGAUUGACUCCCCUAAUGCUAGCUAGUUAUAAUGGUCAUCACCAGAUUGUUGAGCUACUCCUUAAAGAACAUGCUGACAUUACUACCCAGAAAGAAAAUAGAUUGAUUGCUCUAAUGCUAGCUAGUAAAAAUGGUCAUCACCAGGUUGUUGAACUACUCCUUAAUGAACAUGCUGACAUUACUACCCAGAAAGAAAAUAGAUUGAUUGCUCUAAUGCUAGCUAGUAAAAAUGGUCAUCACCAGGUUGUUGAACUACUCCUUAAUGAACAUGCUGACAUUAAUAUUCAGGAAGAUGGAUCGACUGCUCUAAUGCUAGCUAGUGAAAAUGGUCAUCACCAGAUUGUUGAGCUACUCCUUAAAGAACAUGCUGAUAUUAAUAUUCAGGAAGAAGAUGGAUGGACUGCUCUAAUGCUAGCUAGUCAAAAUGGUCAUCACCAGAUCGUUGAACUACUCCUUAAAGAACAUGCUGACAUAAAUUGCCAGGGAAAAGAUGGUGCAAAACAUGCUGACAUUAAUAUUCAGGAAGAAGAUGGAUGGACUGCUCUAAUGCUAGCUAGUCAAAAUGGUCAUAACCAGAUUGCAGAGCUACUCCUUAAAGAACAUGCUGAUAUUAAUAUUCAGGAAGAAGAUGGAUGGACUGCUCUAAUGCUAGCUAGUCAAAAUGGUCAUAACCAGAUUGCAGAGCUACUCCUUAAAGAACAUGCUGAUAUUAAUAUUCAGGAAAAAGAUGGAUUGACUGCCCUAAUGCUAGCUAGUAAAAAUGGUCAUCACCAGAUUGUUGAACUACUCCUUAAAGAACAUGCUGACAUUAAUAUUCAGGAAGAAGAUGGAUGGACUGCUCUAAUGCUAGCUAGUCAAAAUGGUCAUAACCAGAUUGCAGAGCUACUCCUUAAAGAACAUGCUGAUAUUAAUAUUCAGGAAAAAGAUGGAUUGACUGCCCUAAUGCUAGCUAGUAAAAAUGGUCAUCACCAGAUUGUUGAACUACUCCUUAAAGAACAUGCUGACAUUAAUACCCAGAAAGAAAAUGGAUUGACUGCUCUAAUGCUAGCUAGUAAAAAUGGUCAUCACCAGGUUGUUGAACUACUCCUUAAAGAACAUGCUGACAUUAAUACCCAGAAAGAAAAUGGAUUUACUGCUCUAAUGCUAGCUAGUAAAAAUGGUCAUCACCAGGUUGUUGAACUACUCCUUAAAGAACAUGCUGACAUUAAUCUAAUGCUAGCUAGUAAAAAUGGUCAUCACCAGGUUGUUGAACUACUCGUUGUUGAACUACUCCUUAAAGAACAUGGCGACAUUAAUACUCAGGAAGGAGAUGGAUGGACUGCUCUAAUGCUAGCUAGUAAAAAUGGUCAUCACCAGGUUGUUGAACUACUUCUUAAAGAACAUGCUGACAUUAAUACCCAGAAAGAAAUGGAUACUGCUCUAAUGCUAGCUAGUUAUAAUGGUCAUCACCAGAUUGUUGAACUAAUCCUUAAAGAACAUGGCGACAUUAAUACUCAGGAAGGAGAUGGAUGGACUGCUCUAAUGCUAGCUAGUAAAAAUGGUCAUCACCAGGUUGUUGAACUACUUCUUAAAGAACAUGCUGACAUUAAACAUGGCGACAUUAAUACUCAGGAAGGAGAUGGAUGGACUGCUCUAAUGCUAGCUAGUCAAAAUGGUCAUCACCAGGUUGUUGAACUACUACUUAAAGAACAUGCCAACAUUAAUACUCGGAAUGAAAAUGGAGUGACUGCCCUAAUGAUAGCUAGUGAAAAUGGUCAUACCCAGACUGUUAAGCUACUUCUCCAAUGGGAUGCAGGCGUUAAUAUUCAGACUAGAAAUGAUCAAGGUUACAAUGCCUUAAUGCUAGCUAGUCAGAAUGGACAUCUUGAAGGAUUUUCACAGCCGCCUCUUUUCGCUAGAGCGAGAUAUCCUAAUCAGGCUGAUACCCCAGAUGAACUAACGUUUCGCAAAGAUGAGAUUCUUCAAGUUCUACAGAAGGAUUUCAAUGGCCAAGUCGACUGGUGGCUAUGUCGUCUUGGAAAGAAUGUAGGGAUGGUACCAGCUAACUACCUCGAGAUUUUUCAUCCACAUGCUCCCAAAACAGACCCCUAUGGUAUGCUUCAGAAAGAGAAAGAGAAAGAGAAGAUAGAUGAUGAGAAAGCUGAUUAUGCUGUUCCUAAAUCACAACCAAAAUCAGCCCAAGUGGCUCCAGCAAAUUUUGUUCAUACAGGUGGUAUACCACGUCAUGAACUAGAAACAAAAUAUGCAGACUACGACAUACCACGGGGUACUCCUGUCUCCCGAGAUGCUGAAGAUGAUAUGUGGCCGGACGUCCUCCACACGAUGAAACUGAUGACCCAACAAAUCGAGACUAUGAUCUUCCUCCUGUUGAGGUAA